AUGAAGACUCCAAUGCUCUUCACACUUGUCUCGUUCACUCAACUUCUUCUCAUCACCAUCCUCCCACUCGCAUCCGCCGACCUCAUCGACGACACCUGCAAGAAGAUGCCGGACGUCGACUCCUGCAUCGCGAUCCUCAGGUCUGACCCCCGGAGCUCCACCGCGGACACCCCGACCCUAGGCCUAAUCUCUGUCGACACGGCCGACUCAAACGCCGAGGUGACUCUGGACGAGAUCAAGGACUUGCUCGGCAAAUCCCCCGACUCAAAGACGAAGCAGGCGCUGACCUCUUGCGAGGCGUCGUACGGAAAUAUCAGAAGUUCGUUGGUGCCGCCAAGCAGGGAAAGUUUCACGAAAGGUGACUACAAGUUCGCCGUGCAGUACAUGAAUGACGCAGCGAACACGGCGGCGGUGUGCGAAGCAGGCUUCGGAGGCCCAAAGUCGCCGAUAUACGACGCGAACAUGUUUGAGCGCAACGCAGGCUUGUUGGCUUCCGCCAUUGCCAGUUCAUUGCUGUGA